AUGGCUUGUUUUAUGGUUUACGUCCUCUUCGGCACCAUCGUUUUCUCUGCUAUCGAGCUGCCCUGGGAAAUCAAGAUGAGGGAGGAGCUGGAAGCCAUGAAGUUCAGGUUUUUGAGGAGGCACGGCUGCCUGGUGGAGGUGGAGCUGGACGCCUUCCUGCGCACUGUGCUGGAUGCCAGUAAUUACGGUGUCUCCGCCUUGAGAAAUGUUUCUGAUGAUCAGAACUGGGACCUGCCCUCCUCUCUGUUCUUUGUCAGCACAGUGCUUACCACCACUGGAUACGGACAUAGCGUCCCCUUUACCAGUGGAGGGAAGGCCUUCUGUAUGCUCUACUCUGUGCUGGGGAUCCCCAUCACCUUCCUGCUCCUUACCAGCCUGGUGCAACGCCUCAUGUUUUAUGUGCACAGGGUGCCCAUCAACUACAUCCACACCCAGUGGGGCCUCUCGUUGCCGCUGGUGGCAUGGAUUCACGCUCUUGUCAUCGGGAGCAUCGUGGUCAGCUGUUUCUUCCUGAUCCCAGCCAUUGCGAUCAUGGCCAUGGAGAACGACUGGGACUAUCUGCAGUCUCUCUAUUUCUGCUUCAUCUCCCUCAGCACAAUUGGCCUUGGGAACUACGUCCCAGGGAAGAGCAGCCGCCACCCGAACCUUCAGCACCUCUACAAGGUCGGCAUCGCAUGUUACAUGGUGAUUGGCCUGGUCGGUCUGCUGAUCGUGCUAGAGACCUUCUAUGAACUCCAGGAGCUGCAACAUUUUGUCAAACUCAUUAUGGGCCACCCAGACAAGGAGAGCCAUCUAUACCUCACUGAACAGGAAGUGGCCAUUACUGCCCCGAAGCUGGACGCUGGCGGCAGCCUCGAAAACGAUGAAAAAGGGGCCAGCAAUCCUGAGGAGGCUUCACCCUGCACAACAGCCGAAAUCUCACCAGAAAAAUGA